GUGCACGCGCAGCGGUGUCGUCUCUCGCCGCCAUGGCUUUCGUCGCGCGCCAGUUCAUCAGGAUCUCAUCUUCUGCAGCUCUACGUGCCGCAGUCAAACAUGUCACUGUCAUCAGGGGCGGGCUGAUGGGGGCCGGCAUCGCACAGGUGGCCGCAUCCACAGGACAUUCAGUGGUGCUGGUGGACACCUCUGAGGACAUACUGAAGAAAUCCGCGAAGGGUAUCGAGUCUAGUCUGAGAAGAGUGGCGAAGAAGAAGUACGAGAAAAACCUGAGGAUGGAGAGGCGCUUCGUUCAGAAAGUCCUGAAGAACGUCUCUAUAAACACAGACGCCGCUUGGCCUGUAGUUCAGGGCACCGAUCUUGUGGUGGAGGCUAUUGUGGAAAACCUCAAAGUCAAGCAAGACUUGUUUGGAGCUCUGGACAAAGUGGCCCCAGAACGCACCAUCUUCGCCAGCAACACGUCCUCGCUGCCCAUCGCAGACAUCGCCAGCUCCACGGCCAGAUUAGAUCGCUUUGGCGGCCUGCAUUUUUUCAACCCCGUCCCAAUGAUGAAGCUGGUGGAGGUGAUUCAAGCUCCGGGAACGAGCCAACAGACGUUUGAUGCUCUCCUCGAGUUCAGCAAAGCUUUAGGGAAGCAUCCGGUCUCAUGCAAAGUAUGUGCUUUUUUUUUUUAAUCUUGUAUGUUAUUUUGGCUUCAUUAUCUCUCUUUA